UCUCACUCAGCGUCGUCAGUCACUUCAUCCGAAUCCUUUAUCUGUAUUGCCUUGAUGUGCUGUGGUUUUAUAUUCCUUUCAAGAAGACAAUGGUUUUGUAACGAGUCUGCAGCUUUUGAUCAUUGUAAUGUGCAAAACGCCGCUGGGAUGUUUCACGGCUAAACGGACAAGUGACAACACAAACGUCUGCAAACAAAUGAUAACUUGCUUUGAAUGUCGAAUGAUGCUGUCAGUCAGCUCGAGCUUUUGAACUAUACAAGUAAUCAUAUGCUAGCGUUGUUGUGUAUCGAUAUAUCCAUUAGCUGCAAUGCUACCUCUUUGUUUAUUUACAAAGUCAAGUCCAGUAAUACUUUGAUGUGUUUGACAGGAAGGCGAUAGAAUGGUUGGCCAAGCUAGCUAAGCGGUAUAAAGGCUAAAGGCAUUUCAAUUCCGUUGCAGAUGCAAACAUCUCGUUAUCCUGUGUAAAUGGACUGCGUAUGCUAUGCACAAUCAUAAAUCAUUGAUUGCAAUAUUUACACAAUGGUUUGCUGGAAGUGAAGAGCAACUUGUAACUGCCGUGUUGUGAUUUCUCUUUGGCAACGUGGCUGUCAUUUCCGUGUAGAUGGUUUCAAGCAAAGACUAGUCUUUUGUGACCAGUUUCAAAGUUAAUUUGACUAUCUGCAAGCGUAGUGAAGCCAUUUGGUUGUACUGUCAUCGUUUGGGUGUACAGUCUCAGUUUAAGACUUGGUGUCAGUACAAGAAAUUUUAAUUUCCUCCACAGAAGAGGAAAUUAUUUCUGAAGUGAAGAAGGUUCGUAUCGAGUCACCGAGACCUUGUGUCUAAAAUGGAAGAUGAAGUCUUUCAGCAGAUUAUGUACAUUGUCAACCAGCUCGUGGUAUGGACCGCCGCCACUGCCAUCAUCUUCGGCGGUGUCGUGCCCUAUGUCCCGCAGUACAGGGAGAUCCGGAGGACUCAGAACGCGGAGGGGUUCUCCACUUACGUCUGCCUGGUACUGCUCGUGGCCAAUAUCUUAAGAAUACUCUUCAGGUUCGGGAGGUACUUCGAGACGCCCCUGUUGUGGCAAAGUAUAAUCAUGAUCGCCACCAUGCUGGUCAUGUUGAACCUCUGCACAGACGUACGAGUGGCGGCAGAGCUCAACACCAAACGCCGCUCUUUCACAGCGUCAGACAUUAAGGACGAGGAGAUCUUGCUCCCCAAGAAGCUGUUUUUGGAUUUCGACUGGAGCCAUUUCUGGUCGUGGAGUCGCUUCGUGGACUACGUCCAGUGCGUGGUGGCCUUCACGGCGGUGGCGGCAUACGUCACCUACCUCCUGCUAGAGUCGGACGUCUUUGUGGAGACGCUGGGAUUCCUGGCCGUCUUCACCGAGGCCAUGCUGGGCACGCCACAGCUCUACUGCAACUACCAGAACAAGUCUACUGAGGGCAUGAGUAUAAAGAUGGUGUUGAUGUGGACCAGUGGUGACACCUUUAAGACGGGUUACUUCCUGCUGACGGCGGCUCCUGUGCAGUUCUGGAUCUGUGGUCUGCUGCAGGUGUGUGUGGACGUGGCCAUCCUCUUCCAGGUCUACUACUACAGCAGAUACCCACAGAAGCCUGUCUCACACACCGCACACACCACCAGCGCCAAGGCCCUAUGAGGAGGGCGCACGCACACAC